GUCUCAUCAGUAGAUACUACUCUAAAUAUAGAAAAUGCCAAUAUCAACUUUCUUUUAAAUAAAAGAUUUGAUAAAAAGUUUUUACAUAUUGAUGUCGAAGCAGUAAAUCUUAAUACAAAUGAUGAGCCAACAAUAGAACAAUUCUUUAAUGUUAAAACCUUUAAACAAAACCCAAAUACAACUAAAGAAUUUUAA